AGUCUGCUCUCACCGUCGUGGCAGAAUGUUGAAUGUUGACUUUGAAGUUAUUGCGGAGUUAUGGUGGGUGGGACGGGAUGCGAUGCCAAGACUUCGACCAUGAAGUCGGACUUACCAGCCACUCCCAACUCCUCUUUCCAGCCGGGUGCAGUGGGGUUGGCCAAGGUGCAUUUACCCAACAAGGAAGGCGUUCACCCUUGGAAUCUUCCCUUUGCUCUGCUCGUCGUGUUCUUCCUGGCGGGAACGCGGGUAACGCAUGUAAAGGAAAACGUCAAGGCCAAGCUCACAGUACACUCCAAGGGCACGUCCGGCGGCGAGGGCCCGAGAAAUCACACCCAAGUGUUCGCCAACUCGCUCACGGCUUCCAUCUUCUCUCUGCUCCACGCUUAUCAGCUCCAUGUGCGCAAGCAGGCGCUGAUCGCUAAUCCCACCAGCACCGGGACCGGUAGCCUUUGCUUCUCCUGGGGCGGCGAUUUGUUGGUGAUUGGUAUCAUUGCCAAUUAUGCCUGUGUUGCGGCCGACACCUUUAGCUCCGAGCUGGGCAUUCUGUCCAAGGGCGAGCCGCGCCUAAUCACAAGCUGGAACUUGCGCAAGGUACCGCGCGGCACCAACGGCGGCGUUUCCCUCGUCGGUCUUGGCGCUGGCCUGUUGGGCAGCAUGAUCAUCGUUACGGCGUCCAUGCUUCUUCUGCCUCUUUGCACUGACGAGACGGCUACGAGACUUGGCGGCGCCGCGGGCUGGUCACUGGGACAGCGCCGUAUGCUUAUUCUCGGUCUCACCGUCUGGGGUUUCUUGGGCAGCGUUGUGGACAGCAUUUUGGGCGGGCUCUUCCAGGCCAGUGUCAAGGAUGUGCGUACCGGCAAGAUUGUCGAGGGCGAGGGUGGCGUGAGGGUACUGGUUUCCAACGCUACGAACCCCAACAACGUUGCCGGUCGUACUAAGGCUGAGAUCAAGUCGUCUCUUCUGUCUGGCGAGGGGACGGAUGCGGUGGAGGAUGUCGGCGCCGCUUCCGGUAACAAGUACGAUCCGCGCAACAAGCAGCGGAGAUCGAGCUUUGGAGACGAGAGGCCGUCGCGAGUGGUGGAGAACGGCUGGGACUUGCUUGAUAACAAUGAUGUCAACUUCUUGAUGGCAUUUGGCAUGAGCGUGGGAGCGAUGGCCGUCGCAUCGUGGUAUUGGGGAGUUCCUCUGCAGUCUGUGUUGUCGCCAUGGUGGGCGUAAGGCAGUCGCAGGUGGGUAGUGAAUGACUUUCGCUAGAUGUUGGCUAGGUAAACAAUUCCAUGGAUGACAUAU